CACCACAUUUUUUCGCAUUCGAACUUUUCGGAAUGACAUUACUUGAUAGGCUGAAAGACGGGGUGUCGGCCAUUGUACCAGACAAGCGUGGAAGACCACCGAUGAGCAGCUCUCUUUCUGGCGGGAUAGGCAGCGGGAACGGUGUGGUGGGUUUUGAAGAUGAUAUGAUUGUAUCUAAACCGGCCAUCAUAUUUCACACUUCCCAAGUGUUCUUCAACUUUCUCGCUAUGUGUUGUUUCGCCAGUGUAGCUGCCUUUCAAGCCAAAUGGGGAGUGGGUCCAUCCGGACUAACAGGAUUUGCGCUGUUCGUCUCCAUUGCGGGCAUGUUCCUUUCGUUGUUCAUGCUAUUGGUCCCGGUGGUGUACGAGAGGUACGACAGGCUAACGCGCCUAGCGCGUGCGUUGAAGGAAUUGCGGGUUAGCUUCAUUCUUGUCGGUACCGGCACAACAUUCAGCUUGCUGAUCGCCUUCAUCGUCACGAUCUCGGCGUGGACAGAAGCAGGCUGUAAGAAUGCUGAUAACGACCCUAAUGCAGACAAGGGUGAUGACUUCAAGAAUGGACUUGAUGGAUGGUGUAGUACCAAGAAAGCCGGUGCCAUCUUUUUCUGGCUUGCGUUCGCCUUUUGGAUAGCCUCCGUGGUUCUCGCCGUACUUGACUGGCGCUCAGGCAAAUCAACUACUGGCCCACGAGACCCACCAUUCACGCACCCAACAGGCUAUUCCGAAGCCGGGGACGAGGCUCCAGAGGAUGAAGAAUCGACCUACGAACACAUCCCUCCCAUUCGCAGCUCCUCGCCGCUGACUUACCCCAACGAAUCACAAUCCCCUUUCGCCGAUACGAAUCGCUACUCCAGCGCUACUACAGCGACGAACCCAAACGCCAGCUCCACCAACGUCAGCACCGCACCAUACAAUAUGCCUGCUCCCUCGCGGCCGAGCAUGGAUGCGUAUGGUGCAUUCUCGGAUCCGGCGCCCUCCGGAUUUGGUGCAGGAGGUGUGCAGCAGGAGAAUCCGAGGGUGAGCAGGACGAUGCAGUAUGCGGACCCAUACGCCGCCGUGAGGGCUUCGGUGGCGUCGGGCCAGGGCGCGCAGCCUUCCGGACCUCCAAGCUAUUCGUACCAAGGAUACCAAUGAUUUUAACGAAGUGUGCACAUACAGGAUGAGGGCUCAGUGGGGUGGAAGCUUGGGAAUGAGUUGGUGGCGGACGUCUUUUCAGAGGCCAGGCAUGAAGAGGACCAUGCUUAUGUUCGGAUCUUUUACGUGACUUAUGACCCAGUGUACUGCCUGUGUUUAUUAUAUGUUCUUCUUCCUCUCUUGAGGCUCGGACAGAUGUUGCAUUUUAUUUUUGGCUCCCAGUCUAUACUUUAUU